AUGAGCUACCAUACGGGGGCCACUUUUGUCCCUGGAGGAGAUGAUUCCUACUACAUGCCAGAACUAAUCCAACCAACCCCUAACAGAGUACAUGAACUCCCAAACAAUAUACAACAAAAUGUGGCUCAGAUGGAGCAGGCUGCCUCAAAUCCCAAUUCAGCCAAUUCUGCAUAUUCAGGAUCAGCCUACUCACCGCAAUCUGCUGAUUAUAUGCAGCCGGGCACGCACAUCUGGGCGCCGCCGCAAGCCCCUCAUACAAAUACGCAAGGAUAUGAUCAGAGAGUGUCCAAGAACAACCAAGCACAAUCAUACAGCCAGGAUAACUAUUUCCCUCCCAGAUCGACCUCGAUGGCUCCGUCGGAACAGCCGAACUUCUCUCCAUUUCCUGUGCUUCGCAACCCUCCUCCCAAUAUACCCCCGACCGAUGAACAGAAAGAAGCUACACUGGAAGCUGCAAGAGCCGCUGUGCUCAACUGCAACGACCCUGACACCCAGCUGACAUGGGCACAAGACGCGUUGUCAUAUGUGGAAAUCUGCCAGCAGAAUGAGGAAAGAAUAGCUUUGGCACAAACUCCCCGAACGAGGACGCCUCGGAUUGAGCACGUCUUGAGGGAAGAUGCAAUCAAGAUUGUCAAUUUCCUUGCAGAUCAACACCAUCCCAAGGCCGAGUUUAUGAAGGGCAUGUGGCUUGAAUUUGGUAAGUUCGGGCACAGGGUCGAUAAGAAAGAAGCCUUCUAUUGCUAUACGAGAGCUGCCGAAAAAGGAUACAACCGCGCGGAUUACCGUAUCGGGAUGCAGUUUGAAUCCUCAAACGACGCACUAAAGGCAAUCAGAUACUACCAGAAGGGCGCGGAUGCUGGGGAUUCAGCCGCCUGCUACAGACUGGGGAUGAUGACGCUCCUUGGCCAGCAUGGACAGAUGCAGAACUUCGAACGUGGUAUCAAUCUCAUCUUUACGUCGGCUCAGACUGCAGAUGAGAAUGCACCACAGGGUGCGUAUGUCUUCGGCAUGCUCCAGGCGCAGCAGAUGCCUCAAAUCCAGAUCCCGGAUCAAUAUCUGCCUAGGGACAUUGCCGGAGCCAAGAUGAACAUCGAAAAAGCCGCCUACCUCGGAUUUGCUAAAGCCCAGGUGAAAAUGGGAACAGCUUAUGAGCUUUGUGAGCUUGGCUGUUCUUUUGACCCAGCUUUAUCCUUGCAUUACAAUGUCCUCGCUGCGAGACAGGGGGAACCGGAAGCAGAAUUGGCAAUAAGCAAGUGGUUUCUUUGCGGUCAUGAGGGUCUUUUCGAGAAGAAUGAGGAAAUGGCCUUUACAUAUGCUCAGCGAGCAGCCGUUUCUGGAUUUUCGACGGCCCAGUUCGCUUUAGGCUACUACUAUGAGGUCGGCAUUUACGUCCCGGUCAAUUUUGACCAAGCCAAAGAGUGGUACCGAAAGGCAUCACAAAGUGGCAAUCUGGACGCUACAGGAAGGAUCGAGGCCAUCUCCAGGUCAAAGACUUUGUCACGCAAGGAUCAUGAAAGUGUCGCCCUCAAAAAGAUUCGGCAGCAGCGCGGCUCAAUGAUUGGAGGAGGCGAAGUGCCUCUGGUUCCUACGAUGCCCACCUUAUCAGAAGAGACGGAGUCUGAGCAGCUCGAAAUGCCUGAUCCUUCGCGGUUGUCGCUCAACAGCCAGCGACCACCAUCAGCAAAGCCUGCACCUUACCCCACUGGGCCGCCGAAUAUGCCAUCAGCAAACCAAGGGCCCGAUUUUCGACCUGCGUCCGCAUUUGGCAUAAAUCCUAACCUUCGACCGACCUCGGCCGCAGCCAUGGGAGCUCCAAGACCGGAUCCAUACGGACCUCCCCCUCCCAAUUUGGCUCCUCAGCAGCGACCCUAUUCUAACCCUCCCGGGCCCGGUUACCAAGGGUCUGGUUACGGUCGUGGAGGACUCAUGCCAUCCGGAGGACCUCCCCCACCUCAAGGACAAGGCAUUCCGACCAUCCGUCCACCAUCAAGACCAAAUAGCUCAUCACCGUACCUCGGGCCGGGUCCCCAGCCAGGGGGUCAGUCACCGCCCUCAAAACUUGACAUCGGCUUUUCCGCUCCGCUCGAGCCGGAGAGAAGACCUCGACCCCAGCAGCAACCGCCAAAUGGACUUCAUAUGCCGAAUCCCCCGCGUGGAUCUCCAAGACUUCAACAAGGAUCUCCAGGACAGCAGGGUCUCCCAUCGCAGAAUCGCCCGGGUCCACCUAACCCUCGCCCUGGAGUGGGUCCAGGGCCGAACACUGGUGGCUACGGUGGCAUGCCAAAUCCCAACGUCCGACCUCCCUCCAACAACCAAAUGCAAGCUCCACCCAAUGUCCGGCCCGCGAAUCUCCCUCCUUCAAAACCUGACUUCAAUGCACCAACGGGCGGCGCCCCACCUUCCAAACCGAGCACGGUUCCAGCGAACGCGGCACGGCCUCCUGGAAAGGGACCCAAGACAUUUGACGAGAUGGGCGUUCCACCUGGGAAAGAUAAGAAUGAAUGUGCUGUUAUGUAG